AUGGGUCCGUGGGACUCCCCUGACGCGCCUCGAGCGCGCGAUGCAUCGCGCGUGAGAGAGAUCAGUGGACGCACCGCGAGAGAGUGGUUCCGCCGCGCGCUGAAUCGCGUCGACGUUGGACGGGCGAACGUGAUCGACGACGCGUGUGAACGAAAAUCGUCCGUCGAGACGUCGUCCGUGGAUUCGGACGAUCGAGAGGAGGAACUGCGACACCUCAGGCGACACGUCGAGGCGCUCACGGUGGCGUGCGCCGACGCCGAGGCGAGGGCCAAGAUGAACGCGGUCUCAAAGGAGCGAUUGGACGUUUUGAGGAGAGAGAAUGCGAAUUUGAAAGAUGCUGAUGAGAAGCGAUCGAAGGCGGAGACGCGGGCGAAGGCGGCGGAGGCGAGGGCGAACGCGGCCCGUGACGCGCUGGUGCACGCGGCGGUCCGACACGAGGAGGCUUUGAAGAAGAUGUACGAGGAGAGUGAGGCGACGGCGCAGAAGCACAGGGUGGAGAUCGAGCGGUUGAGAUCGGAGGCGUGCGUCAUGACGGAGAGGCUGAUCGAUCUCGAGCGCGUGAACGAGGAGUUGGAGGUUGAUUUGGCAGAGUAUCGCGAGGAAACCGCCCACCUGGACGAAGUCAUCGCACAACAUGAGGACGACCUCGCCCGUUUGAUCAUGGAAAAGCAUAGUAUCGAGCGCGAACUCGCGGCAAAGAGCGCGGCAAGCAUUAAAUCGCUCAUCAUGUCACCAUUUUCGCCCAAGAUUCAGCCCGAGAGUACGCCGCGCCUGGCGGCGGCCAUGCGCUGGUUCGAGGAUGUCGUCGUGUCUCCAAUGCGCUCGACGGCGCCUUUCGCGGAUCUCACGAACGUUGAGACCGUAAAAUCGCCGAUGUCGAGUAAAUCACGCCUCGGUCCCGGGCACAGCCCGUUGCCCAAGACCCCAGGGGCUGUGCUGGAAGACUCGGCGGAGGACGAUGUGAACGAUUAUGGGAGCGAGGAUGAGAGCGUGGGCGCCGCAGUGCUCCUUCCCACUAUCGAUCCUCCCAAGAUGUCGACGCUUCCUCGGAGAUGCACCUGGAAACUGGCGUUUUCCAAGGAUCCGGUGGACAGUCUGUACGGCAGACCGCUUCGUGAGAUUGGCGCGCUCCGUUUGCGCGUUGUCGGCUCCGUCUCCUUGACCACGGUGAACUGA